AUUACCUUCUUUUCUCCCAAACCUCAAUAAAUAGCUUUGACGCUCAUGUAGCUAUCAGAAAGACAAGCUUACAAAAAAUAGUUCAAUUGCUUGAAAAUGGGGUCGAUGGUCAUGAAAUUUUUGAUCUUGCAGUUUUUAGGGUUUCUAUUAUUUGAAGGCUUCAUCCAUUCUGAAGCUUCUAUAAUUCGUCAUACCUUCGUGGUGAAAGAAGCUCCUUACACAAGACUCUGCAGCACCAAGAACAUCUUGACAGUAAAUGGACAAUUCCCCGGACCAACUCUCUAUGCUCAGACAGGAGAUACAAUCAUUGUUGAUGUUCAAAACAAAGGCAACCAAAAUAUCACUAUCCAUUGGCAUGGAGUGAAAAUGCCAAGGUAUCCUUGGUCAGAUGGACCAGAGUUUAUCACGCAGUGCCCUAUUAAACCAGGAGGAAAGUUUAGCCAAAAGAUUGUGCUUUCUGAUGAAGAAGGAACUCUAUGGUGGCAUGCUCACAGCGAAUGGUCACGAGCUACGGUUCAUGGUGCUAUCAUCAUCUAUCCAAAGAAUGGAACCACUUAUCCUUUCCCUAAGCCUCAAGCAGAAGUGCCCCUCAUAUUAGGAGAGUGGUGGAAGAGUGAUAUACAAGAGGUUAUGGAAGAAUUCAUGGAGAAUGGGAGAGACCCAAAUAACUCUGAUGCUUUCCUUAUAAAUGGUCAACCCGGAGAUCUCUAUUCAUGUUCAAGACCAGAUACAUUUAAGCUAACUGUGGAGUAUGGCAAGAUCUAUUUGCUUCGAAUGAUCAACACUGUUAUGAACAAUAUUCUCUUCUUCUCCGUGGCCAACCACCAGAUCACCGUCGUCGGAACAGACGGUAGCUACACCAAGCCAUUGAAAACCAGUUAUAUCGCGAUAUCGCCCGGACAAACCAUUGAUUUCUUGUUAGAAGCUAACCAGAAACCUAACCACUAUUAUAUGGCUGCUAGGGCUUACAACAGUGCCCCAGCUGUUCCUUUCGACACCACCACCACCACAGCCAUUAUCCAAUAUGAAGGAAACUACAGACCAUCUUCACCCCCACCCUUACCUCAACUUCCGGCCUUCAACGACACCAGCGCCUUGACAAGUUUCGCCGGUAGCCUGAGAAGUUUAGCUAGCAAAGAUCAUCCAGUUAAUGUCCCAUUAAAAAUAAGCACUAACCUAUUUUUCACACUUUCAAUCAACACUUUGCCAUGUGCUAGUAACAAUACUUGUGAGGGACCAGGUGGUAACCGAUUAUCAGCCAGUGUGAACAACAUAACCUUACAAACUACGCCAAUCGACAUUCUUGAAGCUUACUAUAGGCAAAUUAAUGGUAUAUAUGGAACUGAUUUUCCUAAAUUUCCACCUUUGGCUUUCAAUUAUACGGCGGCUUCUCUUCCAGUGCAACUCCGGACGCCGAGGAGAGCUACUGAAGUGAGAAUGAUCCAGUACAAUUCCACGGUGGAGCUUGUUUUCCAGGGAACAAAUUUGGUGGCUGGGGUUGAUCAUCCUAUGCAUUUGCAUGGAUAUAGUUUUUACGUUGUUGGGUGGGGAAUUGGAAACUUCGACAAAGACAAGGACCCCAAAAAUUAUAAUCUUGUGGACCCUCCUCUACAGAACACCUUUGCUGUACCUAAGAACGGAUGGGCUGCUAUCAGAUUCAAGGCCGACAACCCUGGAGUCUGGUUUAUGCAUUGUCAUUUCGAGCGCCACGUAAGUUGGGGGAUGGGGAUGACAUUCAUCGUGACAAAUGGCAACCAUCCAGAUGCCAAAAUUUUGCCCCCACCCCCAGACAUGCCACGUUGUUGAAGCCCUACAAGAUUUCUUUAAUAGUUUGUCACUUACGUUGUAGUACCACCAAUUAGAUUGCAUUGGUUUUCAAGUGUGAAGUUUUUUCCCUUAAAUUGAAAUUGUAUCUCAAAUUGCAUGUUCCUUAAAAUAAGGCAAAGUUCACUGUCGAUCAGUAAAUUGUGAUAGAUUUGAGAUGGUCAUUGCCUAUUAAUUAUCUUAUCA